CCACAUUAUUCCAAACUCGUCGCUCCUAGCUACUUUCUCUCUAAUUAAUUUGGAAAUCCUAACAUGUCAACGAAAAAGAUUAACCGAAAACCACAAGACAAGGCUAAAAAGGGUAGAUUAACCGAGAAAUCGAUGUCGUUUCAUGGUCACGAUAACGAAGAGUUAGUAGGGAAUAAGCUAAGGAGACCAAGAACCGUGCCGGAUUUGCUUGCAAAUGCUAGUAGUUUUUCGACCUCCACAGAGGUUACUUUGCGUCCAAAGUUAACUAAGCUAUUGCUUAACGUGACCGUACAAAGAAGCUUGGGUCCGUUACAUAUAUUGAUUUCACCCGAGUCAAGUGUUGGCGAUCUUAUUGCAGAUUCUCUACGAAUGUAUUCCAAGGAAGGCAGACGACCUAUCUUAUCGUCACUUGAUCCUUCCUCUUACGGCCUUCAUUACUCGCAAUUUAGCUUAGAAUGUUUGGAAACGGAUGAAAAAUUGAUUGAGUUAGGUUCAAGGAGUUUUUUCCUCUGUCCAAAGCAGAGGGUCGUCUUAGCCAAAAGUGGUCAUGACGACCUUGGACAAGAGUCACAACUUGGGUGUGCCGGGAGGAUGAUGUCAUCAACACAAUCAUCGUCUACUUGCUCUAAGGAAGUAGAAAAAGUAGGUUGGCUUCGAUUCAUGAACUUCUAGCUUGUAGUUAUAUAAGAUGUCCAAUUUGAGGUUAUGGGUAUGUAAUUAUUAUAAAUCUAGUUUUCGUAUAUAUAUAUAGCACGACACAUUUUACGAAUUAGGACGCCCAUUUCAAUUUCAAGUUCUCAUCAUCAAAUUACCAAGUAUUGAUGAUCGAGUAUACAUAUGCUUGUAUUUGUUGUAUAGUGAGCCAGACGAUUCAUGCCUUGUUUACAAAUAAAUUGUACUCCGUAUAAAAGUUAUGUGCACUUAUUUGGUU